AUCAUUUUGAAUUUUUAUUUGUGUCUGUCUCUUCAUGCACUAGUGUGUGAAUUAGACUAACAAACAAAUCGAAAUCAAUCUUUUAAUCCAAGUUUUCGCGCUCGCUCGAGCUGCAUUCCCCUAAGCUCGCCGUAGCUCGGCGAAGGAGAUGAGGAGCGUGUUGUUGCUGAUUGUGUACUCGCUAUGUUCAGUCGCGGUGGUUGUUCGGAGCGGAUCUAGUGAUGGAGACACCGAGACUACGAUUUCGCUAACGGAGAACAAACUGGUGGCGCCUGAGGUCACCAUGGUCCCUCUAACCUUGAUUCAAGAAGCUGGCGCCAAAGGAGCUGUGUGCUUGGAUGGGACGCUACCUGGUUAUCAUCUACAUCGUGGUUUUGGUUCUGGUGCUAACAAUUGGCUUAUCCAACUUGAGGGUGGGGGAUGGUGUAACAACCAUAGGAGCUGUGUGUAUCGCAAAACAAGUCGUCGUGGAUCCUCUAAUUUCAUGGAAAAGACUUUGCCUUUUACUGGAAUUUUGAGCGAUAAACCUCAGGAGAAUCCUGACUUCUUUAACUGGAACAGGAUCAAGUUGCGUUACUGUGAUGGUGCGUCUUUCGCUGGGGAUAGUCAGGACGAGAGUUCCAAAAUUUUCUAUCGAGGACAACGGAUUUGGCAAGCCGCUAUGGAAGAGUUCUUGUCUUUAGGCAUGCAGCAAGCAAAUCAGGCUCUGCUUUCUGGAUGCUCAGCCGGAGGAUUAGCUUCCAUCUUGCACUGUGAUGAGUUCAGAGACCUGUUACCUAGUUCCACAAAAGUCAAGUGCUUAAGUGAUGCUGGAAUGUUUCUAGACGCCGUGGAUGUCUCUGGGGGCCACUCACUCAGGAAUAUGUUCCAAGGCGUUGUUACAGUGCAGAACCUCCAGAAGGGCUUGUCCAGUACUUGUACAAACCAUUUGGAUCCUACCUCGUGCUUCUUUCCUCAGAACUUGGUUUCAGACAUCAAAACCCCAAUGUUUCUUCUCAACACAGCAUAUGACUCGUGGCAGAUCCAAGAGAGCUUAGCUCCUCCAACUGCUGACCCAGGUGGCAUCUGGAAGGCAUGCAAAUCAGAUCACUCGCAAUGUAACUCAUCACAGAUCCAAUUCUUCCAAGAAUUCAGGAACCAAAUGCUGUUUGCCGUAAAGUCAUUCUCCACAUCAGACCAGAACGGUCUUUUCAUAAAUUCUUGCUUCGCCCAUUGUCAGACUGAAAGACAGGACACUUGGUUUGCGCAAGAUUCUCCCCAACUUAACGGAAAGAGAGUUGCAGAGAGUGUAGGUGACUGGUACUUCCACCGAGCCAAAAAUGUCAAAGCCAUCGACUGUGCUUACCCAUGUGACAAAACUUGUCACAAUCUGAUUUUCGAUGUUAAUCAAAGAGGUGUAGAUUGGAUUGUUGAUCCAACAGCUCUAGAGAUCUCAGCUUCUUCUUCGAGGUUUUGUUUUCUUGUUUUUAGAGCCUCUCUGGUCCCUCUAGUGUUGACAACACUCGUCCUCAUAUUCUUAGUUCAGUAGUUAUAGGGAGACCUUAUUCUUUCAUAGCUCAACUUUUAUAUAACCAUUUGAUUCAAGUGUCGAAUCUAAGUUAGUAAUCAAAUCCAUGUACGCAGAACAGAAUAUAUCAC